AUGUCUAUAUUCAGAUACCGCCAGACAGGCAUUCUCUCUCCUGCUUCGUCUCCUGAACAACGCCGAUCACGACGGAAGAAGAACGAAUCACCACCUGCCGAAGCCCAGGAAUACAAGUCGGAGUUCAAGCAAGAAUAUGCACACCCAGACUACAUUCCGCACGAGUUCCGCGUACAUUACGCGGCGCAACCGCAUCCCGCCGACAUGCCAAUGCAACACUACACGAUGAUUCCGGAGCAGAUGCUCGUGUCCGACUACCCGCAGUCCGUGCUACUCUGA